AGGAAAAUCGUCUUGGUUAUUCGCAUUUUCGAUCUAAAGUUACUGUAAAAAUGAACUGAUUACUUCGAAUAGAAGAUUUUUCUGUGAUUCAAAGUCCAUCUAAUAUGGAACGUAACAGCUAGUCAUUCAAACAUGCCUUCUGGAGAUGCAAGGAAAGACUUUGUCGUUGCAACCACCGGCAAUUAUUUUGGAAUUCAAAGCUCCGACAGUGUUUUGAACGAAGUUUAUUCUUCGAAGGAACUCAACAUUUUCUUAGAUGAUGGAAAUUCGCCAGUGUUAGCUGCAAAAUAUGACGUCCACCAAGGAAAGAAAUCUAUAAAUUUGUCGAGUCAUGUCGAGCCAAGUGACACGGCAGAGAAAGUGUUGGUCUUCUUCAAGCUUCAACCGGAGGCCAUCACUCCGGACAAUCUUCACCAAAACGUUUUCGUUUCGUCGAUGCUUUCUUCGCCGGUAAACACCCUGUACCACUCUGUACAGAAAGUGUUUGCUCCAUUAUUGCUAAAGGAUGAAAAGUGGAGCCGAAAUUUCGACCCGAAACUACAGAGUCUGUUGAGCGAGCUCGAAGCCGGUUUGGGAAGUGUUGUGCGAAAACAAGACAGCUCUUCUUCGCGAGCAGCUAAUGUGGGCGAUGAAGACAAUGUUGGCGGGAUUUUGACUCCGCAAGACGAGUUUCAAUAUUGGUCGGACGCAUCUGUGUCGGGCUAUGAUUUAUCGGAGAGGGAAAGGGCAUCUUUUUUUCAAGAAAGUUUUCAGAAAGGAAAUGUAUCUCAAGAUUUUUCUAAUCUUGAUGCACUGGAUCUUGACGAUGUCCUGGAACUUCUGGAGUCUACUCAAGAUUCUCUUGACGAGAUCUGGAAACAAGAGGAUCAUAAGCCAUAUCCCGAGGCACGCAUGAAACACCUUUUAGAUGUUAUGGCUGGCGCUUUGGGUCGUUAUGUCCAACGGAAGCUUGGUAUGCUUGACAUCUGGCUUGACUCAUUCCAGCAAGUUAAGGAUGCGAUGUGCAAGGGUAUAACUGUGUGUGAGAGAUGGGUGUUGACCUGUGGUGAGACACUUACCUCGCAGUACUGGAAGAGGUUCCUCCCGCAUCCCUGGAGGGGAGAGAAAUUUGUUCCUGAAAACUUGUCACAACUUGCUGCAAGGCUUGAGGAGGUCCUGACUUUGAGAACAGUCCAUGAACAACUGGUUCGCUUGCUGUCCACUUCAGAGAGACAGCAACUACGAACUUCAGAAGCCUUUGCUCCUUUCUCUGGACUAAAUCCACUACAUCACAACCCCUACACUGAACCUCAGUGGAGAGCAGCUGUGACGCAGUAUGAGAGAGGAAUGGCUCCAGCUGAACAGAAAAUAGCUGGAAAACUUCGACAACAGCUCAGUGACUUGUCUGCAAUGAAAUCACAUCAGCUUUUGAGAGAAUUUCAAAGAUAUAAAGAACUUGUCAAAAGGCCAAGCAUACGCAAAGAGCUGGCUCCUGAAAGGGAGACCUUGCUUGGUCAGUUGACAGUUUAUGUAAAGAGUAUCCGAGAUGACUUCAUUUCCAGGACUCAGAAUUCCUAUUCAGGUAAUAAAGAUGGAAGUGGCCCUCCUCAGGGACAGAACAUGCCUGAGAUUGUGAACAACAUUGUUUGGGUCAGACAACUGGAUUCUAAGGUAAAAGAAACUCUUAGAACUGCAGAGAGCCUCUUGGGAGACCUGGCAGGUUUCAAAGGGUUCAAGAGAGAAGCUUCAGAGCUGAUUGAAGAGUUACGAUCUUACUGUAAAGACCAGUUUGAGAGCUGGGUCAGUGAAAUGAUGACGGCUAUUGAUGAUCCUAAACAGCCUCUCAGCUUGCAGACCAGUGGCCGCUUGAUGGAUCUGGACCAAAGGGAUGGCAAGUUAAGAGUCCACUAUGGAGACAGGCUUGUAACACUCAUGAGGGAAGUCAGACAGCUUUCAGCUCUGGGAUUUGCUGUUCCUGCCAAGAUACAGCAGACAGCAAGUACAGCAAGCAAAUUCUACAGACAUGGAAUGAUCUUGAAACAGGUUGCACAUUUCUACAACACAAUUGACCAGCAGAUGAUUCCAAGUCAGCAGUCCAUGAUGUUAGACUCUGCACUUGGCUUUGAACGUCUAGUGAAGAACCCCAAGACUGGAUCCAAAGAGAGUGGGGGAAAGACUCAGGUGACAUGGGACAACCCUCUUGAACUGGAAGCCUACAUUGACAAACUGCAGGCUGCAGCUGACAAGCUUACGUCAGAGAACAGGAGGUUACGCAAGUGCCACUAUAACAUCAGUGACAAAGUUGUGAACCUAAUGAGUGUUGAUCUGCUAAGACAGCAACCUCGUUGGAAAGAAGCUCUUGUGUCUCUGAGGGAGAUGAUGACUUCUCUUACUCAGCAGGGGUUUAAAGCCGACAACAUGAAGACCUGGAAGAUGCACUGGGACCGUCAGCUUUACAAGGCGUUGGAACAUCAGUAUCAGAUGGGACUGGAAGCCCUCAAUGAGAAUCUGCCAGAGAUUAAAGUUGAACUGGUCUUCAGGCAGCAGAAGCUGCAGUUCCGUCCUCCAUUGGAAGAGAUCCGCGCCAAGUACUACAGAGAAAUGAGAAAGUUUAUUUCCAUUCCAAAUCAUUUUCGUGGAGUUGGUGAAGACAACAGCAUCUACCCAAUCAUGAUCGAUCAAAAUUCCGCAGGAUUUACAACAGUGUACAAGAAAGCGGAGGAUCUCUUCAAACGCCUUGUGGAAGUACAGGAUCAGUUUAAGGACUGGGUGGUGUUGGGGACGGUGGAUCUGGAGAAAGUUAUCGAGACUCACUUGCAAAAUGUCCCAGACUGGGAGAGAAACUUCAAAGCAUUGAAGGCUAAAGGAAGGGAAGCUGAAAAAUUACCUCUUAACAUCAAGGUUGACUGCAUCAGUGUUUCAACUUCGCCUGUGAAGUCAACAAUUGAUGAUCAUAUUCAGCAGUUGUUUGAUGCUCUGUUGACCUCCUUGCGACGCUCCAUUACAAAUGAAGUGCAGACUAUUGACACCUUCCUGACGUCUGCCUCCGACGCUCUCUCCACCAGGCCACAGAGCGUGGAAGAGAUAGGAGAGGCAAAUGCUAAGCAUGCCGAGCUUGCAACAGAGAAAUUACAGGUUCACCCACUGUUUGACAAAGCUGAGUCUAAGAACAAGCUGUUGCGUUCAGUUGCUGGUGGAGGCGUUGAACAGAUCGGUCAGCUGCAGGCGAGAUGGGACAAGUUUGAAAUGAUGAUGGAGAGUCAUGAACUGAUGGUUAAAGAACAGGUUGAAGUGAUGAAGAGCAAUGUAGAAUCAAGAGUACAGGCCUUCCAACAGGAGCUUGAUAAAUUUAGUGCUCGAUGGCACCAGCUGAAGCCUCGUGACAUAGAUGAGUACAACGAUAAACAGUCGUGCCUCGCAGCAGUCAAUUCCAUCAAUGAAAGGAGAGCAGAGUUUGCUGAACUGGAGGAAAAUAUGAAGAAGCUUAUCUUUGAAUGCCAACAUUUUGGUGUUGCCGAACCACAGUUCACAUCAGCUGAAGAACUUAAAGCGGACAUCUCUAAUCAUGAAAUAAUGUGGGGACUGUACGAAGAGUUCAGCAAUGGACUGGAUGAGCUGGCGAAGGAGGACUGGAUAUCAUUCAGAGGCCAUCUCUAUCGCUUUGAUGACUUCUUGACAGCCUGGUCAGAAAAACUCCGAGCAAAGGAGCCAACCAGCAUGACCGUGAGACUACAGAAAGACGUGGAUAAGUACAAGAACAUUGUUCCGCUUUUGAAGUAUGUUCGUGGGGAAGCGUUGUCUCCAGACCACUGGCUGGAACUCUUCAGGCUUCUGAAGAUGCCCCGAGGCACCAUCCUGGAGAAACUGACGUUUGGAGAUGUGAUGGAGAGUGCUGAUCAGAUCAUUGCACAUGCGGAUGCGCUGAAGGAGCUAAACAGUCGAGCUCAAGGCGAAGUGUCAAUCAGGGAGGCUCUCAGAGAGUUAGAGUUGUGGGGCGCAGGUGCUGUGUUCUCUCUGACGUCAUACGUGGAUUCACAUAACAAAGAGUUAUCCAUCAUCAAGGACUGGAAAGAUCUUGUCAAUCAGGUGGGCGAUAACCAAUGCCUGUUGCAGUCAUUGAAGGAUUCCCCGUACUAUAAAGGGUUUGAAGACAAGGCAUCCCUAUGGGAGACUCGUUUGGCUGAUCUAGAUGAGUACCUUCACAACCUGAACCAAAUCCAGAGAAAGUGGGUCUAUCUGGAGCCCAUCUUUGGUCGAGGGGCUCUGCCCAGGGAGCAAGGAAGGUUCAAAAGAGUGGAUGAUGAUUUCAGGGCCAUCAUGCAGGACGUUACCAAUGACAACAGAUUAUUGUCACUUGUUGCUCAGUCAGGCAUCAGGAAUACUCUAGUGACUCUUCUGGAUCAGCUGCAGAGAUGUCAGAAAUCUCUUAACGAGUUCUUGGAGGAAAAGCGCGCCCUUUUCCCGCGGUUCUACUUUAUCGGUGACGAUGACUUGCUGGAAAUCCUUGGCCAAGCCACCAAUCCACUGGUGAUCCAGUCACACUUGAAGAAACUCUUUGCUGGAAUUCAUAACGUUGCUUUUGAUGAAGGAUGUAAGACCAUCGUGGCUAUGAAGUCUCUGGACGGAGAAGUGGUUCCUCUUAAGAGGCCGGUGACUAUUACACCUGAGGUGGAGGUCUGGCUCGGUGAUCUUGCCAAUGAAAUGAAAGACACCCUGAAACAACUGCUGGUUGAUUGUCUGAAUGCGAGUAAGAAAGGAGGAUCUGGAGGCGGAGUGGAUCCCUCCAAGUUUCCUUCACAGAUCCUUUGCCUUGCCGAACAAAUCCAAUUUACAGACCGCUGCGAGGCUGCUAUCAAAAGCAACACUCUCCAAGAAUUCCAGAUCGAGAUGGAAUCCCAGCUUGAAUCGUACACGAACACAGAGAUCAGUGGAGGAGGUUCAUCUGACUCUGAAUCGCAUGUCCUAGAGCUCAAGCUGAAAGCACUGAUCCUGGACACAAUUCAUUCCAUUGAUGUGGUACAGCAGUUGAUCAAACACGGCAUCAAGUCUCUUGAUGAGUGGAUGUGGCAGAAACAACUCCGAUAUUACAUGCAGAAACAAAUUUGUUUGAUCCGAAUGUGUGAUGCGGAAUUCCACUACACGUACGAAUACCAAGGCAAUGCUGCUAAACUGGUGCACACUCCUCUCACGGACAAAUGCUACCUAACUUUGACCCAGGGCAUGCACAUGGGUCUUGGUGGAAACCCGUACGGGCCUGCUGGCACAGGAAAGACAGAAUCAGUCAAAGCACUCGGCGGCUUGUUUGGCAGACAAGUUCUUGUGUUCAACUGUGAUGAGGGUAUUGAUGUCAAGUCCAUGGGUCGUAUCUUCAUUGGUCUAGUGAAGUGUGGGGCCUGGGGUUGUUUUGAUGAGUUCAAUCGUUUGGAGGAAGCUGUACUGUCUGCCGUGUCCAUGCAGAUACAGACCAUACAGGCUGCACUCAAGAGCAAGCUGCCUUCCACUGAGCUUCUUGGAAGACAGGUUGAUUUAGAUCCUAACUCGGGGAUCUUCAUUACUCUGAACCCUGCGGGUAAAGGUUAUGGGGGACGUCAAAAGCUCCCAGAUAACCUGAAGCAACUGUUCCGUCCAGUGGCCAUGUCCCGUCCUGACAACGAACUGAUUGCUGAGGUCAUCAUGUUCUCUGAAGGGUUAAAAGAAGCCAAGAGCUUGGGCAGAAAGCUGGUAGCCAUCUUUAACUUAUCAAAGGAACUUUUGUCUCAGCAGCAGCAUUAUGAUUGGGGUCUGCGUGCACUCAAGACAGUAUUGAGAGGCUGUGGAAACUUGUUACAAGCUCACAAACAAACCAACGGACAAGUAAACGCUAAAGUGGAAGCUCGACUAGUCGUUCAAGCUCUGCGUGUGAACACGCUGUCCAAACUGACCUUUGCAGACUCUAAGAGGUUCGAUGCGCUCGUCCGCGACAUAUUCCCAGGUGUGGACUUCAAAGGUGUUGAGUAUGCUGAAUUGGCGGACGCUUUGAGAAGUUCUGCUCAGGAAUCUAACCUUAUGGUCAUGGAGACCCAGGUAAAGAAGGCCCUUGAGCUCUAUGAACAGCUUCGUCAGCGGAUGGGCGUUGUGGUGAUUGGUCCCUCCGGCUCAGGUAAAAGCACCAUCUGGAAGUUGCUGCGGCUGGCCCUUGGUAAAGUGGGCCAGACAGUGAAACACUACACAAUGAAUCCAAAGGCUAUGCCACGAACUCAGCUACUGGGGCAAAUUGACAUGGACACUCGUGAGUGGUCGGACGGAGUUUUAACGAACGCAGCUCGCCAAGUUGUUCGUGAACCAAUCGAUGUCCAAUCGUGGAUCGUGUGCGAUGGCGACAUUGAUCCCGAGUGGAUCGAAUCUCUCAACUCUGUCCUUGAUGACAACAGACUGCUGACCAUGCCCUCCGGUGAAAGGAUACAGUUUGGUCCUAAUGUUAACUUCCUGUUUGAGUCACAUGACCUGAGCUGUGCCUCGCCUGCCACUAUUUCACGCAUGGGUAUGAUAUUUCUGAGUGACGAAGACACGGACGUGAAAGCUCUUGUCAAAUCCUGGCUUCAGAGCCAACCCGAGGAGGAUCGACGCAUGUUGGAGACAUUUUUAGAGGAUCACUUCUACAAGGCGCUGGACUGGGUACUAAAACAGAACGAGUUUGUCGUGGAGACGAGUCUAGUGGGCGUGGUCAUGAAUGGUCUGUCACACAUGCACAGGGUCAAGGUCAAAGCCGAGUUCGCCUGCUGUUUGAUCCGAGGACUGGGAGGUAACUUGUCUCCCACAGCCAAGACUGCGUUUGCAAAGGAGGUGUUUCACUGGACUCACGAGAUGCCACCAGAUCAGAAGAGGCCAUUGGAUACCUACUAUGACAGCGACAGAGGACGGCUGGCUUCAUACCAACUGGAGGUUCCAGACUCGCUCGGCGUACAUGACCUGAACUUGUCCACAGGCCUCUUGCCCGUGAUUCAGACCGCUGACAUCAAGAGAGGCCUGGACAUGUUUUCUCCUUGGCUUCAUCCAGACCAUAAAAAGCCUUUCCUGUUGGUCGGUCCAGAGGGGUGCGGCAAAGAGCUCCUGUUGAGGCACUGUUUUGAGCAGCUUCGCUCGACCCAGGUAGCUGUGGUACACUGUAGUGCCCAGACCUCUCCCAUGCACGUUCUUCAGAAGCUCCAGCAGUCCUGUAUGGUAAUCAGUUCUAACACUGGCAGAGUGUACAGACCAAAGGACUGCGAGAGACUGGUACUGUAUCUAAAGGACCUUAACCUGCCAAAACCGGACAAGUGGGGAACUAGUCAGCUCAUAGCCUUUCUGCAACAGGUGCUGACGUACAAGGGAUUCUACGACUCGAACCUGGAGUGGGUUGGUCUUGAAGGUGUACAGAUAGUGGCUUCCAUGACCGCUGGGACCGGCAUGGGAAGACAUCAGCUAACUACACGAUUCACAUCUAUUGUUGGCGUUUGCUCCAUUGGCUAUGCUGAUCGGGACCAACUACAGGCAAUCUACAGUGCCUAUCUACAGCCCGUGCUCAGCUCCUCUCUAAAGUCCCAUCCAGUGUGGGGUGCGGUGAAAAAUGUCCACACACUCGCCGGCUCAAUGGUCUCUGUGUACGAGCAGGUUCGCUCUAAGUUUACUGUUGACGAUUACUCCCAUUACCUGUUCACCCCGCGUGACCUGACGAAUUGGAUCCAAGGCCUCUUGCGGUAUAAUCUGGACUCAGGCUCUGGGGAUAGUUCAACUCAGCACCUGCUGGAAAUUUGGGCGUACGAGGCGCGUCGCUUGUUCAGGGAUAGACUUGUUGGAAAACAGGGUCUGGACAAGUUUGACAGUAUCCUAGCCUCCCAACUGCGUGCUGAUUGGUCAGUCACUCUCGAUCGCCUUGACAACAAGUGUUACGUCACGUGGGGCAGCAGUCUUACUGCCUCCGUGGUCCCCGCGAGUGAUGCUGGGAAGGAUGGAGAAGGAACGGCAGUAGUAGUGUCUGGAGGGUCACUGCCGCCUCAGGGCAAGAUGCUGGGCAAGCUGGAUCAGAAGGACUUCAGACAAGUCAUCAGUAAAGGAAUGAAAACUUAUGCUCGUGAAAACCGCGAACUGGACAUCCUUAUCUUCAAAGAAGUCCUGGACAACAUCGCACGUGUUGAUCGCACGCUGACCAAACCCGGCGGCUCACUUCUUAUGGCUGGUCGUAGUGGUGUUGGACGACGGACAGCGGUUGCUCUGGUUGCGCACAUGCACAACAUACAGUUGUUUACGCCCAAGGUUUCUCGAGGCUAUGGACUAAAGCAGUUUAGGACUGAUCUUAAGUCGGUCAUGCAGUUGUCUGGUAUUGAUGGAGAACAAAUCGUUCUUUUACUUGAAGACCAUCAAGUGGACCCGUCAUUCCUGGAGCUGAUCAACAGCCUGCUGAGCGCUGGAGAGGUGCCCGGUCUAUACACCCCUGAGGAACUGGAACCCCUGUUGGGUCCCCUCAGGGACCUCGCCUCGCAAGAUGGCUUCCGUGGCACGCUUGUCUCCUAUUUUGCGUCCCGCGUGCUAAGGAACUUGCACAUUGUGCUGAUCAUGGACUCUUCGUCCAAGAAUUUCACUGCAAACUGUGAGUCAAAUCCGGCGUUUUACAAGAACUGCUCGUUCCAGUGGAUGCAGGGAUGGAGUAAAGAGAGCAUGGCACAGAUACCAGGAAUGCUUCUUGCUGAUGAAGGUCUGCACAGCGGAGAAGGAACUAAAGGCAAAGAUAGUAAAUCUAGUGUUGAAGAACUGGUCAAGAACUUCCUUCAGAUUCACGAGUCGUGCAGUGAUAAGGAUGCUGCACCAAGACGCUACAUGACUUUCCUGAAGACUUACAAACGAGUGUAUAACGAGAAGAAGGAUGGAGUGGUUAAAAGACAACAGCAUCUACAAGCUGGUGUAUCAAAGCUGACUGACGCCAAGGCGCUGGUGGACGAUUUGAAACAGAAGGCAGGAGAACAGAGUCGACAGUUAGCUGAGAAACAAGAAGAGGCUGAUGCAGCUCUCAGAGAAAUCACCGCCAGCAUGCAGCGUGCCAGCGAGUCCAAAAGCGAAAUGGAAACUCUGAAACAAAAACAAGGAGAGGAGUCGCUAAAGCUGGAGAAGAGAAAGAAGGCAAUCGAGAUUGAAUUGUCUGAAAUCGAGCCGCUUGUCCAGGAGGCAAAGGACGCUGUUGGUGACAUUAAACCCGAGUCCCUCUCGGAAAUCCGCGCUUUGCGCAUGCCCCCGGAUGUCAUCCGGGACAUCUUAGAAGCCGUGCUUAGGCUGAUGGGAGUUUUCGAUACAUCCUGGGUUAGCAUGAAAAGUUUCCUGGCUAAGCGAGGUGUCAAGGAUGAAAUCUGUUCAUUUGAUGCGCGCAAAAUCACUCCCGACAUAAGAGCGAGCGUGGAUGAAUUGCUGCAAAAAAACGCCAACUCCUUUGAACCCAAGCUGGCCAAACGAGCAAGUGUGGCGGCCGCGCCAUUGGCAGCCUGGGUUGUGGCUAACGUCAAGUUCUCUGUCGUCCUGGAAAAGAUUGAACCGCUGGAAAACGAGCAGGCUCAACUGGAGAAAAACCUCGCGAAAUCUCAACAAAGACUCGUGAAGCUGGGAAAUGCCUUGGACAAGGUGGAUAGAGAAGUGGCUGAAAUGAGAAAGAGAUUUGAGCUGAGGACUCAGGAAGCCACACAGCUGAAGAUGGAACUCGACAAAGCACAAGAAACGAUUCAAGCGGCAGAGACACUUGUGUCUAAACUUGAUGGAGAAUUCAAGCGCUGGUCAGGGCAGGUUCACGAGCUGACCGCUGAACUGGAACAGCUUCCAAGGCGGGCUCAGCUGGCAGCUGGUUUCAUCACUUACCUGAGUAGUGCCCCUGAGGACGUGAGAAAGGCCACCAUGGCGAGAUGGUGCGAGGCGGCUGGACUCCAAGGAUUUGACUUCAGAAGGUUCAUGAGCACAGAGAGUGAACAGCUGGGGUGGAAGGCGGAGGGUCUACCCUCUGAUGACCUCUCCAUGGAGAACGCGCUUGUGAUAUUGAAGAGCACCAUGAGGCCGUUCUUGGUGGACCCAUCAUCUCGAGCUACAGAAUGGCUGAAAAUCCAUCUGAAAGAGCAGAGACUGGAGGUGAUCAAUCAACAGGACUCUAAUUUCUCCACCGCUCUGGAGCUUGCUGUUCGGUUUGGCAAGACGCUUGUUAUUCAGGAGAUGGACGGUGUAGAGCCUGUCUUAUACCCAAUCCUCCGCGGAGACUUCAUCAGCCAAGGCCCUCGAUAUGUGGUGCAAAUUGGCGAAAAGGUCAUCGAUUACAACGAGGACUUCAAAUUGUUCAUGACUACACGUAAUCCCAACCCUGAGCUACCCCCAGACGGGUCUGCUAUUAUCUCUGAAGUGAACUUCACUACCACACGGGCUGGACUGACAGGACAGCUGUUGGGAGUGACAAUCCAACACGAAAAACCACAGCUAGAGGUACAGAAGACUGAACUGCUGCGAAAAGAGGAGGAGCUGAAAGUACAGUUAGCCGAGCUGGAAGAAUCACUGUUAGAGACAUUAGCCAGUGCAGAAGGUAACAUCUUGGAAAACAAAGUGUUGUUAGAGUCAUUGAACAAGACGAAGGCGAGCAGCAUGACCAUUGCUGAGUCACUACAGGAUGCACAUAGAAUACAGACCACUUUAGAUCAGGUGAGAAUCAAUCUAUGUCAAGUAAUCUAUGUUCAAAAUAGAUUGAUUUUUCUUUCUUUGGAUAUAUCUUAUAUUCGGCUCUUAUUCCCUUGGUAUGUAUGUUGUUUUUUUUUUCUGUUCUCUCUCUGAAAAUAUGUUACCUCUUUGCAGGAAUCUAGCAGUACAGAACAAAGAAUCAAGACACUGAGGAGCGCGCUGCAAUCAUUGGUGUACGAAUAUGUCUGCAGGUCGCUAUUCAAGGCCGACAGAUUGAUGUUUGCGAUACAUUUGGUACAUGGUAUGCAUCCAGAAAUGUUUGAAACAAAGGAAUGGGAAUAUUUUACCGGUCUGCUGGUUUCGGAGAGCGUUUUUAAGAGACAGGAAUCCAUGAAGAAUCUUCGUGACAGCCUUCCAUCCUGGAUUGACUCUGAUCGAGCUGCUGCUGUUGGUUCACUGAAGAACACUUUUCCAAACAUGUACAAGACUCUUCAGCUGGAAACGUCUGACCUGUGGAUGCCAUUCCAGCGCAGUUCCCAGUGUGAACAGGAUAUCCCGUCAUCUGUAGCUAAAAAGAUCAGUCUCUUCCAACAGGUGUUGAUCGUCCAAGCUCUCAGGCCGGACCGCUUGCAGAGUGCGAUGAGUUUGUUUGCUUCAAAGGCGCUUGAAAUGAAGGAACUGUCCCCUCCUGCUUUAAACCUUAAGAGACUGGUAAAGGAAACAGUUCCGGGGGAACCAAUCUUGAUUGUAAUUUCACCUGGUGCAGAUCCUUCUCAUGAAUUGCAGGACACGGCUGCUGACGUCAUCGGCGUGGAUAAAUACCAUCAGGUUGCCAUGGGUCAAGGCCAAGCAGACAUAGCUCUUCAGCUUCUUCAUGACUGUGGCAGGAAUGGCGAGUGGCUCUGCUUGAAGAAUCUUCACCUCGUCACCGCCUGGCUUCCCGUCCUCGAGAAAGAACUCAAUUCUCUGGAGCCUCACGAGAACUUCCGUCUGUGGCUGACAGCUGAGAGUCAUCCCAAGUUUCCGACAAUACUGCUGCAGUCCAGUCUGAAAGUCACUUACGAGGCUCCACCUGGAAUAAAGAAAAAUCUUCAGCGAACCUACGACUCGUGGAGCCCGCAGUUCAUCAGCCGCGGUAACUCCUCCAUCAGAGCGCAGGCGCUGUUUGUGUUGGCGUGGUUCCAUGCUAUAGUGCAGGAACGGAGAAACUACAUUCCACAGGGCUGGACAAAGUUCUAUGAGUUUGCUUUUGGUGAUUUGCGUGCAGGAGCUGAUAUCAUCGACAGACUUUGUACAGCAGCUGGUUCAGGAACAGUUCGGUGGAAGUUUGUGCACGGAUUGUUCGAGAACGCUAUAUACGGUGGUCGGAUUGACAACACUUUUGACGCUAAAGUCCUUCAGUCUUAUCUGCUGCAGUAUUUCGAACAAGCUGUUUUCCCAGGACAGGGAGGAAGCCGCUCGGCAAGGCCCAAGAAAGUGAUUCCUAACGUGACGUUACCAACAUCGUGUCACCACAGGGAUUACGUGGAGAUCAUCAACUCCCUUCCCGAUGACGAUAAGCCGUCCUUCUUCGGUUUACCGGCAAACAUCGAGCGUUCCUCGCAGAGAAUCAUCAGCUCACAAGUGAUUAGCCAGCUCAAAGUUCUGAUGCGAUCCGAUCUUGAGGCGAACAAGUUUGACAAGGAAAAGUGGUCCACCGAGUUGUCUCCGAUCUUGAACUUGUGGAAGAAACUCAACCAGGGAUCCCAGCUUAUUCAGAUGAAAGUCUCAGCCCCGGCGGAAACUGGCGAUGAAUCUCCAGUCACGUCAUUCGUGCAGCUUGAGAGGUACAACGCUAUACGUUUAGUGCAAAUCGUGCACGCCUCCCUCUCCUCCCUCAGUAAGGUCAUCCGGGGAACUGCAUUGUUGGAUGCUGAGGUCCAGGCUCUCGCAGGCGCGUUACUUAAACAAGAGGUCCCUCUGUCCUGGAGCAGUCGCUUGGAAGGCCCUGAGGACCCUAUUCAAUGGUUAAGGGCCUUAGUUGCGAAGACCCUAGCCCUAGGAUCCUGGGUAGAGAAGUGCAACUCAGACUCCUUGUUAAGGGACGUGCUGGACCUUUCUGAUCUGUUUCACCCGGACACGUUCCUUAAUGCUCUGCGACAACAAACAGCCCGAGCGAUGAAGACCUCAAUUGACAGCUUGAAACUAGCGGUGUCUUGGAAAGGGUCUCAGAUCCCAGGAGCCAAGUUCAGUGUCAAGCUCGGCGGCUUACAGCUGGAAGGAUGUAGCUUUGACGGCAACACACUGACAGAGAAUCAGCGAGACUCGUCCAGUGUCUCCGCCAUCCCGACUGCUGAGGUGGCCUGGGUAUCAAAGGAUACCGCUGACCCGUAUCCGGAGAGCGAGUGCAUCUCGGUACCAAUCUACUACAAUGCUGACCGGGACAAGACUGUCACGUGUUUCAAUAUGCCGUGUGGCGGCAAUCAGAGCAGGUGGACCCAGUGUGGAGCGGCGCUCUUUCUUAAGAGCCAGUGACGUGACCUUAGCAUCAGAAGCGUGUAGAUAUUUCAGCAAUGUGAUGUAUUUAUUUGUCAGUGUACUCUAUUAGGAAACGACAACUUGGCAUGAACAAUUAAACAAAUGCAUUUGUCUCAA